CGGAGGCUUUUCCGUCUCCUCUUCUGCGCCUUUGUCUCAGCUCAGAGGCCAAGCGACGCGCGUAAUUAAUUGCCUCCCGAGUGGCCUUUAUGCGCCGGAGGAACCGGAGACCCCCGGAGGCAGAGACGACGCGCUUGGUCCGUCUUCCCACUGGGGUUCCAGAGAGAAAGUCACCAUCCGGCAACCUCCCCCGAUUUGGAAAGGCAGAAAAGCCACGCGCGGGGCUCACCGCCGCCUCUUCUCCCUCCUUCCCUCCCUCUUCCUGGCGAGCAACAAAGCGAACAUUUGUAGACGGUGCCUGGACGGCGUGGGCGAGGGGGAGCUUGUCUCUCCGGCGGCGUGGCCCUUCAUAUCUUCAGAAGCGGCUGAGAGCGGCAGCACCACCAGAUUCGGUGCGGGAUUCCCUCCCCCUCCCCCUGCGAUGGCUGGAGGUGAUUCGGGAGCCGCGCGAAGACUGAGCGGCAGGCGCCUUCGGCAUCAAGAAGAGGGCGCUGGGCUGCUGCGGCGCUAAGUCCCGCUUCCAGUCUGGAUCCGGGAAAAGAGCGAAAGGACCGGGCGCCUCCCAGCCAAAGGCGCACAUGGCUCAGGCGGAGCGCGGUUCUGGCGGGGUGAGUUCGCGGCUGUUGCUGCCUCCCGGCAUGUGCGCGCUACGCUGCGUCCGGAGUCCUUGGCCGGGGCGCAGCGGCUGAAGGCACUUGCCGUGCCUUAGAGAAGCAGGAGAACAUCUUGUACAUCUUUGACUUCUUGGAAGAAUGAAGAUUGCUAUGAUAAUGGUGGUAGAGCAUCCAUGGAGAUUAUAAGGGAAGAAGUGGGUAUCCCAGACCAAUUGGUAUAAACCUAUUGGCAUCUUUAGCACAUGGAAGGUAAGGCAGCAUUGUCUGCGAGCCAAAUUAGCCCCAUCUCUACUGAUCAUGGUCAACAGGAGAUUAAACUAUUGGGAUUCUGAUUUUGAGGAUGAGGUCAUCAACAUCAAUGUUGGGGGCCUGAGAAGGAGACUCAGUUCGAGUGCCCUCUCCAAAUUUCCUGACACUCGGCUUGGGCGCUUGCUUUCCUGUGACUCUGAAGAGUCCAUCCUACAGCUAUGUGAUGAUUAUGAUGUGAGUGCCAGGGAAUUCUACUUUGAUCGGAAUCCUGGCUUCUUCCUAUAUGUGCUCCAUUUUUACCAGACUGGCAAGCUGCAUGUUAUGGAGGAAUUGUGUGUCUUCUCCUUUUGCCAAGAGAUAGAAUAUUGGGGCAUUAAUGAAUUCUUUCUGGAUUCCUGCUGCAGCUAUCGCUAUCAUGAAAGGAAACUGGAGAGACAUCAUCACAACUGGGAUGAGGAAAGUGAAGUUAGCAGUGUGGAUACAUCUCCAGAUGAGAUCUUAGAUUUCAAUCAUGACCUGCUUCGCUACAGUACGCUCCGCUGUGGCAAUCUGCGCAAGCGCCUUUGGCUCACCAUGGAAAAUCCAGGAUACUCCAUCCCAAGCAAACUCUUCAGCUUUCUGUCUAUCAGUGUUGUGCUGGUUUCCAUAGCUACCAUGUGUAUUCACAGCAUGCCAGAGUACCAGCAACUUGACGAGGAGGGCAAGUUGAAGGAUGACUCUGUGUUGCAAAACCUGGAGUAUUUCUGCAUCUCCUGGUUCACAUUUGAAGUUACUGCCCGCUUGCUUUUGGCUCCAAACUUGAGGAAGUUCUUCAAGCAUCCCCUCAAUCUGAUUGACAUUAUCUCAGUGUUGCCUUUCUAUUUCACCCUCUGGGUAGAUGUGACCACGAAGACAGAUUCAGAACUGGGAAAUUUGGGUAAGGUGGUGCAAGUGUUUCGUCUUAUGAGAAUAUUCCGAGUGCUGAAGCUGGCAAGGCAUUCAACAGGCCUGAGGUCUUUAGGAGCUACCUUGAAGCAUAGCUACAGAGAAGUGGGAAUUCUUCUCCUAUACUUGGCUGUUGGGGUGUCUGUUUUCUCUGGAGUAGCCUACACUGCAGAAAAGGAGGAAGAUGUUGGCUUUGACACUAUUCCUGCUUGCUGGUGGUGGGGGACAGUUAGCAUGACAACUGUAGGCUAUGGGGACGUGGUACCAGUGACUGUUGCCGGCAAGCUAGCAGCUUCUGGUUGCAUCCUGGGUGGGAUUUUGGUUGUGGCACUGCCUAUCACUAUCAUCUUCAAUAAGUUCUCCCAUUUCUAUCGCCGGCAAAAGGCUCUUGAAGCUGCUGUGCGGAACAGUGACAAGAAGGAACCGGAGGACUCUGAGAAUUACCCAAGCCAAGAAUCUGAUGCUUUCAGUGAAGUUUACCAGAGAGAUGAAGAUCUCACCAGGAAUAUCCUUCCAGUCUACUGAAUGAUUGGGAAUCGAAGACUUAAGUAUCUGGUGCCAGAAAAAAGGCACAUUGGUAGCAAGAUGAUCAACAAAACCCUUAACUACACCAUUAUGGAUUUAUUCAUUAAAAGUGAUCUGUUCCAAAAUCAUGUAUGGAGUAACCUCUUCCUGAGCCAUUGCAGAAUACGCACUGACCUUGUGGUCUGGAUUUUCAGCAUUCUUCCAAGCCCAUAUACAUUAUAACUAAUUCAAAUUCCAGUCUGCCAAGAGACAUCUGGAGCAAAAUGGACAAAAUAGUUUAAGAUUCCAUCUGUAUUCCAUUCCUUCAAUGCAACAAAAGGAAGAUUCAUCAACACAAGCUUUUCUGUCUGAGUAUUGUACUGGCAAUAAUCAUCUUAGUAUCCCACAUCCCACACUGUAAUUUACAGGCAGACAUCCAAGUACCUGGUUUGGGCUGGAAACUCAAGUUUGGAAUCUAAUAAAUAUGCAAAUUAUACUUUUAAAAACACAGCUUUAUUUCAGAUGACAUUCAGUAGCUGCAGCUAAUCUUCACCACAUAUCCUGAGUCUACAUGCAACUAAAUAUUUCCACACUGUAUGUUAACUUUUUCAUAUUCAGUAUUGUUUUCUCCCCCAGACAUUUCAAUGUUCUGAUUCAUAAUUUAUCUUCGAAGAUUGCCAAAGAAAUGAAAUACUGAUUGUAAAGUUAUCACAAAUAAUGUUUGUGGCUUCCACAGAACUGAGAUUAUGAAAGAACUUCUAACUUGCCUUAUAAAUGUCUGUCUGAUGGAAACCAUGGAAGCUACCAGCAUAACCUAGAAAGAUUUCAGAUUAAUUCAAAACUGAUGGAAGAUAAAUAGGAGAGAUUGUAAUGGCUGAUGUGCUGAAGAAGGAUUGGAGCACAAGUCAUGAUCAUGUUACAUAAUUCUCUAUGGCUGAUUUUGCACUCCCAAAUCUUAACAAAUCUAUGCAUGAUGUAUAGGAUGGUAUAAGUAUUUUCCUUCCCUUUCCUGCUCUCCCAUUUCCUUCUCCACACCUUGUUCUCAUUGCCAUCCAAUAAAAUUCUUUGAUGGUAAGCUCAGGGUACAGAUUAAAAGAAUGUACUUCUUCUAUUACGAUGCACUAAUUUGGGGAUAGGAUGCUACUAAAAGUGCAGUGAGAGUCAUUGGGAAAGAAGUAAAGUGCUGACAAACCCAUAUAGCAAGAUAGAUUUACUUUGUUGGUGAGCUUCCUGGAAAUAUUUGAUUGCCUACUGUGAGAAAAAUAUGCUGAAUAACAUGAGCCUUUAGUUUGAUCUAACUGGUCUUGUAUCCAUCAUGAUUAUAGUCAUGUAAUAAGACUGGAAGAUACUGAUCAUCCCAACACCUCUUAUGUUAGGAACGGAGAACUGGACCUCCCAGAUGUUGCUGGAUUCAAAUUCAUUCUACUUAAUCAGGAUAAUGCUGGCAUUUGUAGCCUAAUAUUUAGAAGGACAUAAUAUCUGUAUUUUUGUAAUCUAUCAUCUCCACCAAUGUAUGCUCCUGUUUCUAACUUGAUUGUUAUUCUACACAGAACAAGACAAUUUGGUAAGUCUCAGCAGGUGUCACCACUGUCCAGCUUGUCUGGGUUCAAAAGCUAAGCAGAAUCAGGUUUGGUUAGUACUUGAUUGGGAGACACUACCAGGCAUCCCAGCCUCUAGACCAAAGUAGAGAGACUACACAGGAUAUAUAAGGAAACAUACAGAUAUCCUGGAUUAAAGUGAUAACACAUCCUUUCAUUACUAUUACCGAAAUUAUUAGAUGGACACGUCCAUGUAUGCACCAGGAACUAAGUGACUGCACUGCCUUUCCUUAAUGAAAUACAUUUAGUACAUCACUGGAGAUGUUUAAUCUCCCAGUACUCAUUAUUUAUACUGAAAAUUUCCUGCCUGGGAGUGGAGGAAGGAAGGAAGUUCCUUUCUGGUUUCUUCCACGGGCAUUCAGUGGAAGUGGGAGAGAUGUCAGAAGUGAGGUAGACUGCAGUUUGGAGACAUCAAAGUCAAGGCACACUUUUUGGUUAUCCUGUAUUUAUUAAUUUCAAAAAUAUUACCCUGCUACCAAUGAAAAUGUCUCCAAAAUUCUUAUUUGCUUUCAAACAAUUUUCAAAGUGAACAGUUAUCUAAAAUUGAAUAUUUAUAGAAAAAUAUGCACAAUUUUUUAUAGAAGGAAGGAAGGAAGGAGGGUUGGUUGUUACUAUGAGUUAUAAAGCCCUACAGUCUACCAUUUGCAAUAAUCUUAGAGGGUAUAUGCUGAUUUAAUGAAUUUAAACUAUGUCAAUGUGAUGGAUGGGGAAAAUGCUUCGAUUUCACUAAAAGUAAUUAGAUGAAAGAAGUUUGGUUUCUCUCUCUUCACAAAUAUGAGUCCUAGAGUUAUGUAAUUGUUUACUGAUCAAAAUAGAAAGAAUUUUCUCUAUUUGUAAUUGCUACGUGCUGCAAAAAGUGCACAUUGCCCAUUGAA